AUGGCUACUCAAGGGAUUGCCGGUUCGAAAGAAUCAGAUAUAUCUUCCGUCCUCACACAACGACUUGCUUCUGUCCUUCCUAAAGACGUCACUUUUAAGAUCUACCAUCUAUCUACCCCUCCAACCAAAACCUCAUCAUUAUAUUCUGCGCCGCCGAAUAGUCGACCCGAUAGGACUUAUCGCGAGAGCCAUUUUCUUACAGUUUCAAUUCGAACUCCUUCAAAACAAGAUGCAUCUGAACUACUUGAAGUAUUAGUUUUUGCAAUCGAAAUCCUGAUUUAUUCCACCGCAUAUGAUACUACAUUUUUUGUUUCAAAGGCCGAUUCGACCGGUUAUCUUCACCUUCUAAAUCUACCCAAAGGAACGCCUUCUCCCAUAAGGGAUAUCAGUGCUACAUUCUUACAACAUUUGGUCGAACAACAUCAAAGGGAAAAUAUUCGAAGUAUUGUCUCGCUUUUCGCACGAGCUCAAGAUCAAUAUCUUUUCCCAGGGAGCAUUGAAUAUAGUGGAAAGCAUGUGUUGGACGAUAGAGGCUUGGUGCGCUGGUGGUGUCGAGUUCUUGAUCCCCUGAUAGAGCAGACGGAAACCUCGAAUAAUUUGCGAAAAUCACAAUGGGACUCAGUGAAGGGCUUUUUAAUUGUGCCUGGGCAGGACAAUUACGAGACCAGGUCAUAUCUUCCAGCAAGAGCAAAGGCACAGACUACGCAGAGCUCCUGGACCAUUGGGCACCCACUUCGACAAAUUUCAAGACAUGCAGAUGAUGUUCCUCCACGAUGUCUAGUCCCACAUUAUCCUGACGAUCCAAAAGCAAGAUUUCUAGACGAAUUAGAUGAUGAAAUAGGAAGAGGAAAGGAUGAUUCGAAUGGGCAAUGGAAGAGUGUGAGAAAUAUUGACCAAUUUUGGGAAAUGAUGGCAUAUAGACAAGAGUGUUCAGCCGGUCGACUUGUUGGAUUUAUAUGGAUUGUUUUUACACCAACAUCUCGACAUAAUCACGGAGAUCUUGUAAUUGGCAGCAGCCAAACUUCAACAUUAGCUGACGAUAGUCAAGAGCUCAACUCAUCAUUUUCAUCCAUACCAGACGCUACACCAGCCAUUUCCACUCCAACGACAUCCUUUCCUAGCUCGAAUCCAGCUCAGCAGUCACCUCCGAAGCGAAGUGAUAUUCUUUCAGUCAUUAAGGAACCUAGUCAAUUGUCAAAGACUUCCGCCCAACGGAAGAAGAAAAAAUUGUCUGGGCGUAUCAUUCCUAGACAGCCACGCAUUAAGACUGAGAAUAAAAAUUACUUGUUAGAAAGACCCGAGAGCACUGCAUACUAUACUUGGAAACCAGAAGGUCGUGGUCAAAUUAUCGUUGACGAAACGGAUUAUCAUCGAAUCAAUGAAUUGCUUCUUCGACUAGACUUUGCCGAUCUAGACCUAGCAAGUUCGAGUUCGAAAAGAUGGAUCAAUGAAGUUCGUUCAGGUGCUGGAAGCAUGGGCGACACAUGGGGCCAAUUAGUUACAGGAACCAAAGUAACAGAGAUCACAAAUAAGUCGAGUGCCGCAGGCGUUACAACUCUUAAUGUAGGACUUGUGCGAAAGAAAAGGAAAUCCAGCACAGAUGAGCCUCAUGAGCCCACUCCUGCCGCGGUAACGAUCCCACAAGUUAAUGUGCUUGGAGCUGGUAUGAUUAGAAAAAAGGUAAAGAACUGA